AUGGAACAGCCUAUUGAUUAUGAGUGGUUACCUACCAAAUGCACUAGUUGUAAGAAGUUGGGACACACUACUGCCUCUUGUAAACAUGCUUCUGAUGAUGUUAGGAGGAAGAAAGAGCCACAGAUCAAAUCGAUCAAUGAUUCAAUUACAGAAGGUGGCAAUGAUACUGCUAUUCCAAGUAGCAGUAUCCAGGCUCAACAGGAAUCUCAAGAAGUGCCUCACACCAAUUCUGUUCCAAAUGUUUCCAACUGGGUAACUCUGAGAAGACCUGGGAUGAUGAAAACCACUGAUCUGACCCCUCCUGAGCUGCAUAGGAACUCCUUCAGUGUUUUGCAAGAACAACAGAAGCACAGGAUUGAUCCAAUUUUGACCUCUGAUAUGAAUGGAAUAUUGCAAUAUACUGAGCUGUUGAAUAAAGUAGGUAUUGGGGCUUUGAUUGAAACAAAGAUCAAAGGGGACAAAAUAAAGGAUGUAAUGACUUCUACCUUUGUUGAGAGUGAUCAGUUUUUACACAGUAGAGUUCGCUUGUUUGGUAGGAACCAAGAUUUUUGUCUUACUAUUGUCUAUGGCUCAAGUAAUUUGGAGGCUAGGAAAAUGUUAUGGUCUGAUUUAACCACUUUACAGAGGCCUAUAAAGCCUUGGAUUCUUUUGGGAUAUUUUAAUGUUGUCUUUAAUGUGGAUGAUAGACUUGGUGGAAGACCUAUUUCAGUGAAGGAAAUGGAGGACGCUCGUCAGUGGCUAGCUUUAGGGAUGGCUACUGAAAUGAAGACUUUGGGGCCAUCUUACACUUGGUCUAAUAAACAAGAAGGGGGAGCUCGAAUCUUCUCUAAGUUGGACAGAGUUUUUACUAAUGAAAAUUGGAGCGAUGCAUUUCCUUUGGCUACUGCUUUUUCUCAAUGGGAUGUGGUUUCAGAUCACAGUUUUCUUCUUAUUAAGCAAGUGGAAGUUAGAGGGUCGGGAGUGAAGCCUUUUCGGUUCUACAAUAUGUGGUCUACUCAUGCUAAGUUUCGAGAGACGGUUUUAGCCAGCUGGCAUAAACCUUUAGAGGGCCAAUGUAACGCCCUGGUUACUCUAGGACCAUUACGGUGA